AUGAAGCAGGAUGAAUGUAGUUUUUCUUCUACCUCUUUAGUCAUAAAUGAGAUAUGUUCUCUGUUUAGCGUUUUGCAAAAUGCAAAAAGUAAGAAAUGCAUUUUAAAUAGUUUAACAAGGUUGUUUGUGUUACUGUAUAGUGAGAGAAUGAAAAGAAAAUUAAUAUACGAUGACGCUAAUGGUAGUAGUGAUAGUAAUAAUAGUAAUGAUGGUACUAGCUCUGAUCAGAGUGAACAAAACAGCUGUGAUGAGGACAACAUAAAAUUAAAAAAAUUUUUCAAAAAGGACUUUAUCAUCUUGGAAACACGUAAUAAAAAAAAGGUGUUCACAAAAUAUGAUAAGUGGCUAAACGAAUGCUUUGAAAAAUUCCUAAGUCUAUUGUUUCAGUUGUUAAGUCAUGAUGAUGAAUUGUUUUUAAAAAAGAGCUUGUCUUUGUUAUUUGGGUGUUUACAGUUGGAAUCAAAAAUAUAUGAAAGUGUUAUUGAUAAUAUCCCAAAUUGCAGUGUUGAUAAUGUAGAUAGAAAUAAUAACGAUGUUAGUACAAGAAGACCAGAAGAACAUACUAGUAGCAUAGAAUAUAAUGAAAAAGAAAAAAAGCAAAAGGAAAAAAGUUUCCCCAUUAAGUUAUUUAGGCGUAUUACUGUCUAUUUACUAAAAAUGCAAAAUCUGAGUAUUAGCGCUAUAAAACAUAUAUGUAAAAGUUACUUAUGUUUUUAUUAUGACUUAAAUUACUUUUUCCUCUCAAUUUUUAAAAUCUAUUGUAUGGAUAGAAAAAAUGCAAGAGAUGGAAACACGUGUGAUGGAAUUAUUGACUGUGCAAAUAGUAGCCGCAGCAGUAGUAGUAGCGGUAGUGCCAUUUCUAAUAACAGUGGCUUAAUCCUUGGUCGGAAAGGGAAAAGGGUACCCAAGGCAGAAAGAAUAGCGCAAAAGGUGGAAGACACAACCGUAGAUAAUGACAACACAAGUUCGUUCAUUUAUAGCAUUUUAAUUAAUUCCAUUAAACCUGAUAAAAAGGUACAAAGUUUUCAUAUUAAAAAAAGUGCAUUUAUGAAAAAGGGUAAAAUUGAUGAUAUGUUUUUAUUCUUAGACGAAAAGGAUAAAAGAAUGACGAGAAAAAGAAAAUAUAAGAAUCCAAAAAAGGGGGAAAAUGGACAAAACUACAAUAGUAACAGAAGUGGAAACAACAGUUAUAAGAAGAGUAAAAUGUUUUGUAGUUACGAAAGCGAUGACACCAUUGUGCACUCGUCCUCAGAUUCUUCUUCCUCAGAUAGCAAUGAGAGUAGCAAUGACAAGAUUGGCAGUAAUAAACAUAGCAGUGAUGGAGAUUAUAAUUUUCUGCGGAGUGGUAACUUAACUAAUGGGAGUAACAGCAGCGAUGAGGAAACAAUGUCGGAUGUUGUAGAGCAAUAUGACGACAUGAUUAUACAAAAGAGAAGGAAAGAAAAGAAUGAAUGUCAAAUGAAAGAAAGAAAAAAUAAUUUAUUUAUAAAUAUAAAUAUAGAUAAUAAGAUUUAUGCUAGGUUAUACGCAAAUUGUUGGUUUUAUUUUAUAACAACCUAUAACCAUAAAUAUACUAUGAUGUUGCAAUUAUUGCAUUUUAUUCCAUUAUAUGUAUUUCCUUAUACUAAUAACCCUUAUUAUUUAAUCGAUUUUUUUAAUUAUGCAUUUUAUUCUGCGUCAAAUUUGUAUGUAUCUCUGGCAGCACUGCCAGGUAUUUUUCAUAUUUUAACAGAACUAAAUAUUGGAAAUUUACUGACUGAGAGGAAUUGUUCUACAGUGAACAGUCAGGGUAGGACAAAAGAAAAAACGGAAGCAAAUGAAGAUAGGGAAAGAAAUGAAAACUAUGAAAUAAAGCAUGAGGAAGAGCAUCAGUGUACGGAAGAAGCUGAUAGACAUUAUGCAAUAGGUGAUACAAUUUUACGGAAUGAGGAAAGUGAAAAAAUUAUAAAAAAGAAAAACAAUAAAGUCCUUGAUGAUAUUACUUAUGAUGAGGAGAAGGAGUUAAUUUGUGUUGAGCAUAUUGAGGAGGGAAAUGCUUCAUCUGGUAAUUAUUCUAAAAAAGGAGACGAUGAUAUGCAUACGAUAGAUGAGGAUGGCAUUGAGGGAAGUAGCAACGAUAGAAGUAUUGAUAAGAGCGCGUUUCAAAGUCUCGAAUAUGAUAGCAGUAUGAAAGGGAGCGAUUGUCAUAGCCUCGGAUAUGAUAGCAAUAUGGAUGGAAGCGAGUGCCAUAGCCUUGGAUAUGAUGGCAAUAUAGACAAUAGUGAAUACCAGAACCAUAGCGACGAACUUGAUGGGGAGAAAAAAUUAAAUGAUAACAUGUACACAGACUAUUAUAAGAGGUUAUUUGAGCUGAUUAUGCCGGUGAGUUUUUAUUAUGAUGGUACAAGUUUUUUAAAAAUAAUAUAUACAUCAAUAAAAAACAGAAUGAUUCCAUUAUAUUAUGUUAUAUCCUUUUUAAAAAAGCUACUUCGUGUUGGAUGUUUAACCUCUUAUAAUAUAUCUAUAAAUAUAUUAAGUGUAGUGUAUGAUAUAUUAAAUUAUUUCAAAAAUGAGUUACAUGACGCAAUGUUUAUUUCAGCUCCAGUUUUUAUGAACAUGGAAUUUAAAAACGAUUUUUUUUGUUUUGAAAAUUUGGAGAAAAAUUUUGAUAAAAAUAAAAUUAUUGAAAUGUUAGAGCAAAAUGCAAAAUUGCUAAAUGUACGUUAUAUACAAGAAGAGAAGAAGGAUACGAAAUGCCAUGAAAUUUUAAGUAAUGUAAAAAUUGAAAAUAAAGAUGACUGUAUUUUGGUUCUUGAAAAAUCAAACACGAAGCUAGAUGAAUUUAAUAGAAUGUCAACUGAGGAUAGCAGCACUGAAAGAGAUGGAAAUGAACCAAAUAGGAGAGAAAAAAAUCUGUUUAGUUUACAAAGUUGCUUACCAGAUAAGUACCAAAUAAAUAUGAAUACUUUAAACAAAAAGGAGUUAUAUAUGGCUAACCAUAUUUUUUAUGAAAUAAUAUUACUUAACAAUCACAUAUGUGAUAAUUUAAGAUAUUAUUCUAACGUCUAUUACUACAGUGUUAAUAAUGAUUCUUCAUAUAAACCUCAUGAGUUCUAUAAUGAUCCAAAUAAAAUGAAUUGGGAAAAAGAAGAUUCUCUUCUUUCUUUUUUAAAAAAUAUUUUAAGUUUUAAAAAAAAGAGAGAAUCGGACAUAUGUCUAUCUGUUCAGCAGAAAAACUUCUCAACCAUCUUUUUGUAA